AAGAGAAGCACGAGGCAAGCAGGCGCAUGCGCCAUAGGGGUAUCGAUGAAACCGCUGGCUACCGAGUUUGUCUUGGUUUUAACUUCGCCUAAAUUACAAUUUAGCCCCAUGUUGUGUGUAGGAAUCACUCCUUUUCUGACUUCCUCACAAAAACUUCUCUAAAAUGACCAUCAGAACGGAAGAAAGCGGCGACAAACUUCUUGCUGGCGUGCGAGCGAAGGAUGUGGGAAUUGUCCGACAAGCUUUAUCAGAAGGCUACGAUCCAAACCAAGCCGACAAGAAUGGAUGGACAGCUUUUCAUGAAGCUGUUUCAACAGGAAACUCGUCGAUAAUUUUGGCUUUCCUUCGUCGAGGCGCUCGUCCCGAUUUACAAGAUGGUGUUAAUCAAGAAAGCGCUCUCCACAUUGCUUCAAUGGAUGGACAAACAAAGAUCGUUCAAAUGUUAUUAGAUAAUGGCGCAAAUAUUAGCUUGAAAAACAUUGAGGGAAAGACUGCGGAAGAUGUUGCUAGUUCAGCAUGCAAGGAACUUCUGCAGAGAAAAAGUAAGUGUUCGRUGUUGUAG